AAACAGUUAGCACGAAGCAAAAGAAUAAAGGACAUAAAAGUAAGUUAACUCCAAAACCGCUUCGCCAAUAUAUUAAAAAAUAUAUAUAUACUUCUACAUUAAAAAAAAAAAAAAAUAAAUAAAAUAAAUAAAAAGUUAUGGAACUAGAUGGCAUUGGCACUUCAAAUCCCGGCGGAACAAACAAUGUCCGCUUACAAACAUUAAAAACAUUUGAUAAACAUAAUCUGACCAUCGGUGCUUUUCUCUCAGGCAACCACUAUCAAUAUCCAUUAGUCUUUGGAAUAUUCUCGAAAUUUCAUUGCAAGGGAUACACUAUAUCGACGCAAUGUUCAAGAACUCUACACAAUUAUUUAAACGGACUGUUUGCUGUAGAGAAAAUUAUGUACAAAAGUGAUAAACAUGCCGUCGACAUCGAUGGCAUGUUGGCAAGGGCAAAAGAGCCUUACAGUAAGUCACCAUUCUAUGGCUUCAAUCUUGGUAUAAAUUAUAAUCAUUCACGUGGUCAUGGCGUAAGAGUGAGCACUUCUUAUAUACCUGAUGUUAAUUGUGUUACCGUUAAUACGUCAUUCAAGCUUAAUAUCUGGACGUCGUCCAAUAAGGCUACUGCUCUAGAUUUCACCUUAAAUAUAUCGCAACAUUUAACUGGCAUUUUUCGCGGACUUAAUUCAUACGGUGGCGGUCUUGGUUUUACUCAUCACUUUUAGAUUUAAAAGUUGUUCUUUUUGUUUUUAAUUGAAAUAUAUGUAUGUACAUAUGUACAUUUUAUGGAAAUCGUAUGUAUUGUACCUUCUAAGAAGAAAGAUGAUGUUCAUUAUUCUUAACGUUAAUUUUAAAUUUUUACCCACACAUUAUAAUUUGUAACAGUAAUGUAGUUCAAAAUAAAGUUUUACGUACAAAA